AUGGCGUUUUCGUUAAAUAAGCUUAAGAAUAUUUUUAAUGUCAACAAAGACAAUCAAUUGGCGGGAAGUGGAAGUUUAGAUCCAGAAAUAGGCUUCAAACUAUCAUUGCAUCCAGUUAGUAAAGUUUUGUACGUGACUGUUAUCGGCGCCCGGCAUCUCCCGUCCUUGUUUGGACUCAGUCGCGCUCAUGGCUACCUUGUAAAGGUAAAAAUAUUUCCUGGCGAUAGUAAAUUUGAAACGUUAUUGCAAGAGAGUUCAUGGCCAAUAUGGAAUGAAGACUUUAAAUUUCAAUUAAAGCAAAAGGAUGUGAAGAAAUCGACCGAUAAGGUUGACCUACAGAGUUUACUUGCUGGUCAUUUCUUAUCAUUAACUAUAUAUGCCAUAUUAGAAGCUCCAAAACAAGAAUCAGACAAGAGGAAAAAUGCUAAAACACUUGAUUCUAAGGCACUUAAAUCGUUGAAUGAAGAAGAGCAAAAGUCAAAGACUGGCAGUCUAUUUGAGAAAACUCUUAGCAGUUUUAAGUCAACUAGAACGGAGGCAUUAUCUCAAAAAUCAAUAUUAGAAAAAAGAAGGACAGUUGGUGCGGCGACGUGGAAUUUUGAUUCGAAAUUAUUUCAAAAUGAUCUGAAGAACGGUUUGAUUGGAACACCCGAUAUCUGGAGGCCUAUAAAUGCGAUCGCCAGUGGCCUGUCAGCUGCUGACUCUCGGAGAGAAAAUAAAAAAGGACAACUUGAAGUGACGCUUCUUUACACUUCGAGCGAAGACGGGUUAAACGACAUAGUGCAGCUCACUGUAAAUAGAUUGCGAUGCUCAGUUCAAACCAUGCAAGAGCAAGAACAAUAUAAAGCUCCUUUAUAUUUGAAGGCAACCAUUUUGGAAGCAAAUAAAGCAGAAUGCUAUUGGAAGAGCGAUAGAUUUGUACCGACUAUAUCCGCCAGGUGGGAUCCCAAAUCGGCAACAGUAAAGCUAAAUGUAUUUAAAGCAAGUUUAAAUAAAGUUAGCAUUUACAUCAGUCUCGGAUGCAAAACUAAAAUGGCCAAAAAGGAAAUACUUGGCAAGGCGCUUAUUGAUGAGAAGUCACCCUACACGGACAGUUGGAAUGAAUGUUUACGACAGCCAGGAAUACCUAAAACUUUUUGGGUCAAUUUUGAA